AUGCACUGGCUCCUGUCAGCACAGUCGCAGUUGCCGCACUUGUCCGACAUGUUGCUGGUGGGGUUUGGAGCUAGAGAGAUCGACGACGAGCAUGUGUUUGUUGAUGGAGUUGGGAUCAGGAGGAAGAAGGCUCGUUGCUUGUUGUGCCGGCCGGAGCCUGAGCGGCGGGAAUCCAAUCCGCUGCCAGUUGCGGCUCGGACGGAGCUGAUGAGGGCGAGCGAGCGAGAGGGGUACAAGAAAGAACGAUGCCGACGCGACGCCGCCGGAAGGAAUCAGCGGAGCGCGACCCGCCGCCAAUUCAGGGGCUCCGCCGCCGGGCGCGGGGACGGCUCGGCUCGGAGACUUGCGGAUACCCCCAGCACCGCUGUUCCUAGCAGCGAACUCCCCCGAGGCGCGGCCAGCGUGUACGUCUUCACGGCGGUCCUCCUGGUGGCCGGGUUCCUGGCGCAGCUCCUCCUCGCGCCUUGGGGCGGCCGGGCGGGCCUCGUGCCGGCCGCGAUCGGGCUCGCCGCCGUGCUGACCGUCAACGCGCACGACCUCCUGGCGCACGUCGCCGGCGUCGACUACCACCUCGGGAACAGCGGCCGGGCUCGACGCGCAGUCGAGGUCGUCGUCCCCGCCGUGCAGAUCGCCGGCACCCUGCUCAUGCUCCUCGCUGUCGUGUUCUUCGAGAUUCAGGUUCGAUUCUGGGGGCUGUCGAGGCACGGCCUGAACCUGCUGAUAGCCGGGCCGGCCCUCUGGUGCUUGGGCUCCGUGCACAACAUCUGCCAGGUGUACGAGCGCGCCAGCGGCCACGUCCAGCUCCUGCACAAGGGCGUCCAGGUCCCACUCCUGCUGGGGAGCACCCUCUUCCUCGUCGCCGGCAUCGUCAACCGCCACGACCGCCGCAGCCGCACCACCGCCUUCUCGCUUCUGGUAACAUACAUACUAGCUGUGUUGCUAAGCAUAAGAUCUCUAAUUCCAUCAUUUAGCAUGUUGGCUUCACAGACCGCUGGACUGACUUGUUAAUGUGAACUUAGACUGUUGGUGGAUAGCGUCUCUGGGACGGAGGUACACUACAACAGUAAUAAAUACACACACAAAACAAGGAGGAAAAUGUUCUCUCUCCCUUCAAUCUGUCCCAUCAAUGAACAUUACAUGGGGUAUUUAUAGGUGGCGUUAUGUCUCCCAUGUAUCAUUACUCUUUUACCCUCUUACAACGGUCAGAUUCCCUAAAUAUUCCCGGACGUACACGUGAUUUCCCUAUUACAGUGUGGGUGCGGUACAGCUCAGAAAGGCCCACAACUCCAGGCGGUCCUCUUCACCCCGGUUGACGAGGACCGCGGGGCCUACUGACCACUCCCUAUCAUGAUGCUGGCGCCGCCCGGUCUUCGAAUAUCUUCGCGUUCCGACCCGAAGAGUAGCGAAGACGGGUCACCUCCGUGCUUGCUCCUGGCGUCGGCUUUAGUGCUCUUGGUGUAUUGUCUUCGCCUUCCGACCCGAAGACAAGCGAAUAUGGGCCACCUCCGUGCUUGCUGUCGGCAUCGGCUUCAGAGUCCUUGACUUCCUGUCUUCGCGCUCCUUCGGCGACCGGCCCGAAGGUGGUGUCCCCAACAUAGACAUCUCUUAUAUAUGUGCACUUCUUUUUAUGUAUGACCUAAAUCUAUCUCAUGUUUCAUUAUACUUUGAUUUGAAAUUAUUGUGUAUGUGCACACUUCAAUUGCAAUUGUGAAUUUAUAUGCAAUUU